UUCGACAACGACGAGGACGAAUGACGAUGACGAUGAUGUUGAAGCGCGCGAGCGGAAUGUCAAUGAGCGUCGUUGUUCGCGACGCGACGUUGAGAAUCUCGUCAUUCUACUUUGCGCGCGCGGUUCCUCGGACGUCGCUCUCUUGGCGUCGCGACGACGACCAUAACGACAACGACAGUAAAAUGCAGAAACGUAGAGGCAUAAACAAGCGGGUGGACGCGCGCGUGGCCGUGGCUCUUGGACGAGGGGCGUGUGUUUGCGAGCGCGAUAAGUAUACGUCGCGGCGUAAUAAUUUUAUUAUUAAGUUCACAAGAACUUAUAAGUAUCCUUAUCCAGAUCCAGGAUUCUCGCUGCAUUUAUAAAGAAAAGAUACUGGUUUACUAUUAUUGGUUAAUUAUUAACAUAAUUCGAUGACAAACUUCUAAAUUUUUAGGAAACGAUUGUAAAUAUGUAUUAUAAUAAAAUACACUACUAUUUUCCAAAUUCACCUUAUUCCAAAUUUUUUGUAGAUAUUCUUAUAUGUUACUUUAGUUUCUAUUUAUUGCGAAGGAAACUGAAGAUAUAAAUUUUCAUCUCACCAAUUGGCAUUAAAUAAAUAAACGUUUACAAAAGUAGUACAUUGUGAAUUGUAAUUUCAUAACCUGAUUACAAUCUACAACAAUUACUUGUUAUCCUUAUGACUAUGCA